UAAACCUGGAGAAAACCACAGGUUGCUCCUACUUAUCGCCGCCGAAUAAUACAUGCUCCUUGUCCUUGACCAUAUUGAUUAAUUCAAGACUGUUGGGACAAUGUAUUGAGGAUUCACACAGUAGAUGCACUGGUUGAAGUUAUGAUCUCACAAAUUCCCCGAGUUGGCGUCCGUGCAGCCGACCCACUCUCCUCACCCGCGAUCCACACCACUUUAGCAGCCACAACCACACCCUCCACGCCUGCGUACACGUCCGAAUACAUUCGGCCAUGGAUUUCCGGCCGCUAGAUCGCAUGCUUGAUACGGACGAAUCUAUCACAGACGAGCCCUUUCGGCCUUUCUACAAUUUCUGGGCACCAAAGCCUGUUAUUGUCCAUCAGGACAAUGAGUAUGACGGGGCUGUUUUCAUAGAAAGGCCAUGGCUGGGAGUGCUUCUAUUCGAUAACAUCGCCUCUGAUGCACGGGACCAUGCUGCAAAUGAGAGGACCUUCUUGUCGUGGCUGCGGCUGUCAGUUUACAUGGCAAUCGUCGCCGUGGCAAUCAUCUUGAACUUCCAUUUGAAAUCGGAACCUACCGCUGUUGAACGGAGAAUUUCCCUUCCCUUCGGUAUCAUUUUCUGGAUCCUAUCGGUAGCCUGUCUGGUCUCUGGACUGGCGAAUUAUAUUAAGACCGUAGCCAGAUACAGUAGACGAGCGGCGUUGGUGCAAGCUGGGUGGAAGACGCAAGCGAUGUUUACAGUGGUGGCGACAACUAUUGUCGCAGCUUGCAUAUUGUUUUUAUCUACGAACGCGCAGAACCGUCGAUAGUUAUGUGCGUAAAUGUGGGCUGAAACCACGCACCUACUAGGUACAAUCUUCGCCGUACUUUGCUGUGCU